AUGCCGCCUCAGAAAGACUCGAGGUUUGGAGGUCGCCAAAAUAAUGGGCGCCGCGCCAGAGCCUCACCCACCCCGCCUUUUUCCCCCAAGAUGGCCAGCUCCUCCCAGGAUAAGCGGAUGGUUGAUGUCAUAGGCUCUGAGGAGCCCGGCGUGUGGACUCAAGAUAGCCCUGGUGGGCAUGCUUCUCCUGCUCCCAUUUCAAGCAGUAUCACCGAAACAGCGGCUGAAGCAGAGUUGGCAAUGCCCAGUGCCCGGUGCCCAGGGACCAGCCCCCUGCCUUGCCCUGGACUCCCUGGUGCUGGUUCUUCUUCCUACCGAUCUAGAAUCUACAUUAGAGAGACACCGGGAGAUGGGCCAGCGAUCCAGAAGUCGCAGAUCCUGCGGAGAAUACCGCAGGUAUUGUACGGUACACACUGUAGAGUCAGUGUAAACUGGCAUGGAGAUCAAAAAGGGUGGCAGGAGAAGGCCCGUGUACUCAACCCUCCUUUUGAUUUCCUCCCCCUCCCCCAGCCUUCCCUGUUAUCCCAUCUAUACAUAUAUUCAGGGGGCCGAAGAGGCGAAAUGGAGCUGGACUCGAGCGGGAAAAUACCGUCAGAAUCUGUGCAGAUCUCGACUUGCCGUAUCUCUAAUAAUCUGCCGUCUGCGGUUGAUGGCGCGGCUCCGCCUGCAGAGGUGGGGAAGCCUGGGGGAAAAAAAGGAGGCGACGGGUUACCUGCGGAAAGGAUGAGUGGAUUGGACAGCGCAACGUUUGCCAGAGUAGGGAAGGAAACGAAGCUCCCAAGGAGAGAGGAGGGCCCUAAUCGCCGAAGUCGCUGGGGCCGCGUUAACAAUCCGCGACAAUACGUUGUUAUGAUGGCCCUCUGGCAAGUACAAGGGGACGAUAAUAUGGGGACAGUGCUGGGGGCAGUGUGUGUGGAGGAGAGCAUUCUAAGAAGUUGUUGUGCCCUAGUUAACCUUUCUGGUAUCACCCAGCUCCCGGCGUCUGACGACAUCGCCCCCUCUGAUCCCCAUGCCAUAUAUUUGCAUCUCCUCGCUGCUGGAACUCAGAUUUAA